AUGGAAAAGCUCAAAGAGAAAUUGGCUGCUCUUCGUGCCGAGAUUGAUCAAGCCAAUGCCAAGGCUGAUGAAUACAAGCUUGCAGUGAAACAACUGGAGUCUGAUCAUAUUCAAAAAGACCACGAGCUUCAUUCUUUGCAGCAAAAAGUCAAAACCAUGGAGGAUCAGCUGGAAAAGACCGAGAUGGAGCUCAAGACUGCCUCCACCAACUUCCAAGAGGCAGAUCUCAGGGUAGAGGAGCUAGAGAAGAAGACAUCUAAGCUCGAGGUAGAAUUGGAGGAAGCAGAAAAGAGAAACGAGGAAGUCAAGGAGUUGUACAAGGCAGCCAAGGAGGAGAUGGAAGUUCUGGAGCGAGAGCUGGCAGGUGUCUAA